AUGGGAAAAAAUGUCACUUAUGUUGCCAUCUAUGUGGAUGACAUAAUGAUUACGGGAAACAAUGAUGAUGAAGUGACUGAAUUGAAAACUUUUCUUGAUGAAACGUUUAAAAUCAAAGAUUUGGGGUAUCUUAAAUUGUUUCUUGGAAUGGAAGUUUUAUAUUCAGAUUCAGGAGUAAUUCUAACUCAAAGGAAGUUUGCUAAUGAAGUAUUGAAAGAAUUUCACUGUAAUGGGAAAGCUUCUUGUCCUCUUCCUUCAAAUGUGAAGUUAUUACUAAAUGAAGGACAACCUUUGAAUGAUAAAGAACUUUAUCGAAGGCUAAUAGGCAAACUAAACUUCUUAACAAAUACUAGACCAGAUCUUGCAUUCACUGUGCAACAUCUUAGUCAAUUCAUGAGUAAUCCUUGUCUUCCUUAUAUUGAAGCUGCACUACAUACUCCUCGAUAUAUUAUUGCCAAUCCUGAUCAAGGUCUUAUUUUUAACAAAAAUGACAAUUUUACCCUUCAAGCCUUCUGUGACUCAGAUUGGGCUACAUGUCCACAUUCAAGAAGAAUUGUAAGUGGCUUCUUUAUCAUGCUAGGAGGAAGCCCAAUUUCUUGGAAAUCCAAGAAGCAAGUCACAAUUUCACUAUCAUCUGCAGAAGCAGAGUAUAGAAGCAUGAGAUAUGUCGUUGAAUCUUUACUUAAACCUGAUUUUGUCUUGCUUUGUAGUGAGACUCACGAUCAACAGCUUCCACAAGAGGCUGCUACAACUAAUGCACUAGCUGCUACUAUAGCCAAUGGCCAAGCUGCUAGGAAUACAAGGAGAUUGACUUCUCCUGUUUGGGCUCAUUUUGAAAUACGAAAGUUUGAUGGACUAGAUACGGUUGAAUGCAACUACUAUGGGAAAAAGUUGAGUGGAAAAGGCAAGAAUUGA